GUACUAGUGGCAGUUCAAGUCCGCCCUUGGCGCGAGCCUGACGCUGAUUGACAGCCGGCCCAGGGUACUACACCACUACUACUACUACACCAGUACAACACGUUGCGUUUUUAUUUCUCUGCUCUGCUCUGCUACAAAUCGAGUACUACAGUAUCGCAUACAUACCCAGUACCGAUUUAAUUCACUACGCGACCACGACAGAGAUACUCGGGUAUUUUUCUAGUUGGAACCCUCUCUCUCACUUCGGUUUUUAUCCCUUCAUUUUCUCAACUGCUUUUUAAUUCCUCCUCUUUAGUGUUACCUUGUCUUUAUUUUUCUCUCUCUUUCUCUCCUCCAUCUUUUUGACCAACUCGAUUCAACAGUGCCACAAAGUGUGAGUGUGAGUUUGCUGCCCAGCUAAAAAAGUUCAGUGUUUUCUUUCGUUGAGUCGGCCAACAGAACGAAGUCGGAACAUCUUCAAAAUUACCCUGGUGGAAAUUCGGCGCAAGAAAGUUUCGUUUAUUUCAAAAAAAGUGCUUCAAGAAGAAGAAAAAGUGUUUUAUUUGUUGGUUUAAAUUCAGUGCAUCGUCAUCAUCUUUUUAAUUUCAAUUUUCGGUUCGAAAAAAUUCCCUACCGGCAUUCACUUCACCACUUGAGAGAGAAAUUUGAGAGAAUCAUUUCAACAACUGUCACACUUUACGGUGGUUUACAACAUCUUUUUUUUGACGCCGAAUAAAUAUAUAUAGCAACUCGCCGGGCCUGUUGUUGGUGAAGUGUGUUUUUGUUUAUCGACCGUCGUCAAGAGAGCGACUUGUUGCCCGUGCGGAUUAUAACCAACCACCCUCUCUCUCUCUCGUUCUACCCUCUCAGACAUUUAACACAAUAUCACACACAACUUUCGACCCACCGAAUAAAUAACCGACGAAGCCAAAAGUGUUUCUAAAAAAGUGCAAACGGAAAAGAAAAGAUAAGGGAAUUUUGAUUUCAAUUUUUGCCGACGGCUUUUUUUCAAAAGAGAAAAGAAACUUGAGAGUUGCGAGUGUUGCGUGCCAACGUCCCAUUUCGCCGUAUCAAAGAAAUAGAUCCUUCCGGAUUUAUUCCGUCGGCCUGAGAGUCUUCUUUUUGAUUGUGCGUGUUCGGUUAUCGUUGUUCACAAAUUCCUUGGCUGGACCGGCGCUCGUCUAAGCUUCGAGUCCGUCGGCACCCCAAGUGAAAAAGAAAAGAAAAAAGUUAACGAGAAGAAAAGAAAAGAAGAAAAAACGAAGUGGACAAGGAAACGAGUGGAAAGGAACACGGUGGUAGUAAUCCACCAUAGAUCGACGUCGAGUCGAAGACGGUUGGGGGGCCGCGGCGGCCGCUCAGCCGACCCCGCCACUAUCGCCGUUCUCGUCCGUCGGCGGCGGAACGUCCAUCUUUGCGUCUAAUUCCUCGGCAUCAGCUCAUCCGGCAGCCGUCGGCCAUCAGCAACACAACAACAACAACAGCAGCAACAACGGCCACGCUCUUGUAGCCUGCACUCCGGCUCCAUCUCCGCUUCAACUUCACCAGCUCAAAGUCGAGCGUUUCUCAUCAUCGUCGGACAACCAUUACGGUGGUCAACAUUCAAACACAUUCAUGGCUCAACCAAGAUAUGACGAGAGUUUAGCGGCUCACUACGGCGGCAUGGAGAUGUACGGUGACCCACACGCGGCCCACAGGUCGGCCCUGGCCAGCUCUCACUCGCACCACUCAGUGUCGGUGUCGCCGGCCUCGGCGGCAGCUGCUGCAGCCGCCGCCCACCUCAACAGUCACGGAGCGGCGGCAGCCGCUGCAGCAGCCGCCGCCAUGCAUCACAGCGCGGCCGCCGCCGCAGCCGCCGCUGCCCAGCAGCACUCACAGUCGCCCUAUCACAGUCUGGGCAAUCAUGCCCAGCAAGUAGGAGCCAAUCACAUGACCUCCUCCGCUGCCAGCUCCUCCGUCCCCGACGUCCACAAACGCGACAAGGACGCCAUCUACGGGCAUCCGCUUUUCCCGUUGCUGGCGCUCAUUUUCGAAAAAUGCGAACUGGCGACGUGCACGCCGCGCGAGCCGGGCGUGGCCGGUGGAGACGUCUGCUCAUCCGAGUCUUUCAACGAGGACAUUGCCGUCUUUUCCAAACAGAUUCGUCAGGAGAAGCCGUACUACAUAGCCGACCCAGAAGUCGACUCCCUGAUGGUGCAGGCCAUUCAAGUGCUCCGGUUCCACCUCCUGGAAUUAGAAAAGGUUCACGAGCUGUGCGACAACUUUUGCCACCGCUACAUCAGUUGUCUGAAGGGCAAGAUGCCCAUCGACCUGGUGAUCGACGAGCGGGACGGCACCAGCAAGCCCGACCUGGGCGACACCAACAACAACUCGGGCGCCCAUCACGCCCGCGCCUCCACCGCCGACACGAGCCACACGGACGGAUCCAGCACACCGGACGUGCGCCCUCCGUCGUCUUCACUGUCGUAUUCAGGACCUGGUAAUGAUGACACGCGGUCGCCCGGCUCAGUCGGAGGCACUCCCGGACCGUUGAGCGCCGCCCCGCCCCUCUCACAGCAGAGCGUCGACAACGUCAGCGAAGCAGGCAAACAGUGGAACCAGUGGACGAGACGGGAAGAACGGACGCGGUGCUACUCAGGUGACGCCAGCAACGCCAGCAUCGGCAGCGGUGACGGCACGGGCGAAGAUGACGACGAUUCCAACAGCAAGAAGAACCAGAAGAAACGCGGCAUCUUCCCCAAAGUGGCCACCAACAUCCUCAGGGCGUGGCUCUUCCAGCAUUUAACACAUCCGUACCCUUCGGAGGACCAGAAGAAACAGCUGGCCCAAGACACAGGCCUGACCAUUCUUCAAGUCAACAACUGGUUUAUCAACGCCCGGCGUAGAAUCGUUCAGCCCAUGAUCGACCAGUCGAAUCGUGCCGUGGCUUUGUAUCCGGCUGGCCCUAGCGGCGCUUACAGUCCCGAUGGCGGCGGUAUGGGUUACAUGAUGGACGGAGGAGCAGCAGCGGCGGCGGCCAUGAUGCAUCGACCGCCGGCCGAUCCUAUGGCCUUCCACUCCGAGUACCACUACCCGCCACAGUACUACGGCCAUCACCUCUGAAGAAAUUAAAAGUGAAGGAGAAGCAAAAAUUUAAAAAAAAAAUUAAAAAUAAAAAUCAACGACACUGGAAAAAAAGAACCCACACACAAAACUCGACUCUCGUUGGCUGCUGCUCCUGCUGCUGCAUGCGUGUCUCUCCGCUACCCAUACAAUUUUGUCCCUCAUUUCCCCCCCAUUUUUGUUUUUGUUUUCCCUCUCCUUUUCUUUUUAUAAAAAUUGAACGCCGAAAUGUUUUCGUUUUUUCUGUCCAAAAUGUCCGCCGCCCUCCCCUCCCCCUCAAGAAAAAACUACUCGAAGCAGCUAAAAAGACAAAACAAAUGCAAAAACAAGACACCACACAAAUUAUAUAUAUACAUAAAUGUAUCAUAAUGUCAUCACACUAUCAAAACAUCACGUCGUCUACUACGCCACAAAUGUUCUUCUUCGUCUCCUCUCGACCGAAACAUCACGAAAAAUCCCGUCAGGAACGCGCCAGCCGCCACUCAUCCGCCAUCAUCAGCCAGUCAUCAGCUUCGAAAUUUGUUCCCCAUCGGUGGACAGCAUACUCUCCCGUUCGGCCGGACUCUGGGUGUCAUAGCGGUGGAUCGAAAUUGAGAAUUUCUGCUCCCCUUUUCUGAUACGAAGAAGAAGAAGAAAAAAACACCAUCAUCAUCAAAACUAUUUUUCUGUUUUUAUUUCGAAAAAGAACAUUUUCGUCAGUGUUUUGUUUUUUUUGUUCCGUUUGUGUGUGUGUGUGUGUGUGUGCUGUGACUACACGCGUUUGCGUGCCGUGUGUGUGUGUGUCGCUCCGAAGUGAAGAAGAAGAAAGAAAAUGGGAGAGAAAUCAGAAAAGACAAAAAUGAUACGAAUCGAAAGAUUCUUUUCAACGCCGCGGCGAUCCUCGUGUGUGUGCAGGUGCAAGAAUGCACCUCUCUCUCUCCCAUUUCGACGUGAAAGAUAUGAAAGAGUCGAGCGACAAGGGAGAAAAGAAGAAAUGUUUUUCAUGUUAGGAAAUUUGAAAUAUUAAAAGAAGAAGGAGAAUCAAACGCGGACCAUGUCGUGUGUGUGCGCAGUGUCUGUGAUUUCACGGCGAAACAAUUCUGGGAUUAUCAUCAUCCCGAAUAUCCCAGAAUUUUUCAUUUUCUACAGCAACGUUUUCAAUCGCCGAAAAAAAAAUUUUUAAAUCCCCCCAAAAUUUUCUUUUUUUUUCUUUCGUCGAACGAAAAAAAGAAAAAAACGAACACAAGAAAUUUUCGAUCAAUGGAAACAAAAUAAUAAUCGCAACAACCAAAAGGGAGAAAAAAAACAAAAUUUUCAAACAACAACAUCUUCGGGAGCAGCCAAUACGGGAUGCGUGCAGGGAGAUUGACCCUUUCUGUGCGUGGCGAAAUCCCACCACACCUCAUACGUAUACUGUACAAAGAAAAAAAAAACAAACAUUUUUUUUUUCUUAAAAUACUUUUGUUUUUAAUUUGAAACAUUUUUUUUUUUCGUGAGAGGAUUUUCGUCUUAAAAUUGACCGUCGAUUUUUUUUGGACCGUAUUUUCGUUUUUAUCAAUCAAUUUCGCAGCAUUAUGUACUUUCCAUCUAUCACCUCGUCCUCCUCCCCCCCAUCAAAAAAUAACAAUGUGUGUGAGCGUGUGACUGUGCUUCGAUAUUCCCCCCAAUUUUUUUUCGAAUUUAUUUUUAAGGACAACAAAAUUGAAAAAAGGCAAAAUAACAAUAAUUAAUUUUCACAAAAAAUUGGCCCUCCUUGUUUUUUUAAUUCAAAUUUCAAAAAAAUCCGUGUAUUAUUCCCCCCGUGGCCGGUGACCAUUUUUUGAAUUUUCAAAUUGAUUUGUUUUUCCCUCCUCGAUGACUCAAAAAAUGGCGCAUUCGAAGAAGAAAAAAAAAGAUGUUGUUGAGCGUGCAAUACGUGGCCAAAAUUCUUCACACAUCCCAUUUGUAUCCCACCACCACCACCACCACAAUUCUUGAAAGAUAUUAUUACGUAAAAACUAGGAAAACAGAAUGAAAUAUUUGGGAGGGAAAUUUGAAAUUCUUCGGGCGGGGAAUUUGCGCAUCUAUACCGGUACACAAAAUUCUUCUUCCUUCUGACAUAUUUCUCUCCUUUUGUAUACGCACGACAGUUCAGUGUAUUAUGCAGACGCACGAAAACAAAAAAAACAAAAAAAACAAAAAACAAUUUUUUGGAAGAAAAAAAAUCGAUUCCCGUUUUAUACAAGAAAAAAAAAUUAUUAAAAAUUUUCGUUUGUGCGUGUGUGUGUGUGUGUGUGUAUACGAUUGUGUCACGCUGCCCCCUCCUCUCUUUUGACUUUAAUUUUUUUUUGUAUCAUCGUUGGAAAAAAAACACAUUUCUUGGUCGUCUGGUAUUAUUAAAUAUAAAUAUAAUAUUGACUCACACACACACUCGCGACGGAAAAUUGUACAUGUAAUGUCAUCUUCUUCGUUUGUUUGUUUGUUCUUUUUAUUUUUAAAAAAUUUGUGCCCCCCCCCCAAUCCUUUCACACAAAAAAAAAAUUAAUGAUGAAAUAAUUGUGUUGUGGUGCCAGCCCGAUUUUGUUUCCCAAAUAUUUUUUUUUUCAUGAAAUUAAUUUUUUUUU